AUGGCCCCUUCGCCCCUCCACGUGGGCAUCAUCGGCGCCGGGAUGGGUGGACUCAGCGCGGCGAUCGCCCUCGCCCGCGGUGGGAUCAAAGUGUCCAUCCUCGAGGCCACGACCGAACUCGGGGAGAUCGGGGCCGGGAUCCAGAUCUUCCCCAACGUCUCACGCUACCUUAUCCGCUGGGACGUGGACACUCUCAUCGGCGACAACCUGGUGUCGGUGUCGGAGGUGCGCACCUGGGGCAGCGACGGGCAGGUCGUCACGCGGGUCGACACGCAGCGCGUCAAAAGACUCACAGGGUUUCCGCACUGGAUCGCGCGUCGCGACCACCUCCACGCCGGCCUGACGGAAUCCGCGCGGCGACAUGGGGUCGAGAUCAUCGUCGGCGCCCGCGUCCAGGCGCUGUCAUACACGCCCUCCACCGCGACCGUGACCACCACGACCGGCGCCUCCCACACCUUCAACCUGGUCGUCGGCGCGGACGGCAUGAAAUCCACGAUUCGGGGACACCUCUUCCCCUCGGCCCUGCCGCGCGCAACCUCGAAAGUCGCCGCAUAUCGGGGCGUGCUCUCGAUCUCCGAGAUCCUCGCCAAAGCCCCCGAAGCAAAACCCAUCCUGACCAACACGAUGGACAUGUGGACCGGGCCCAACGGGUACAUCAUGACGUACCCGCUGAGCGGCGGCAAGGAACUCAACGUAGUGACGUCGUUCUGCAAGGACUACCUGGUGACGCAGAUGGAGGAGGUGGCCAUCGACGAGUUCCACGCGUACUACGCCGACUACUCGCCCGCCAUCCAGUCCGUCAUCAAGCUGGUCAACUACACGCAGCGCUGGCCGCUGCUGACGAUGCCGCCGCUGGAGAGCUGGUCGAACGAGCACAAGAAUGUCGUGCUGCUCGGGGAUAGUGCCCACGCCAUGCAGAACCACAUGGGCCAGGGCGCCGCGACCGCCAUCGAAGACGGCGUGUUUCUCGGUCGAGUGCUGAGCGAGGUCGUGCGCGGCGUCGUCAGUCUAGCCGAAGCGGUGGCGCUGUACGAAAAGAAACGCAUGCCGCGCGCCUGGACGAAGCAACAACUGGCCCUGGUCUCCGGCGACCUCAACAUGUGCCCUGAUAGAAACGACCUCGAGAGACGCAACCGCGCCAGUCUCCCCGAGGUCGAGGGACUUGCGGGCCGCGCUUCCAGCGAGCAGCAGCAGGAGCAGCCGGCGUUCCCAAUCCUCCCGCCGGCAUACCGCUCAUGGCAGAUGUUCUCGUCCGUGGACACGGUGCCGUCAAUCUUCAACUACGACGCCGAGGCCGACGCGGACAAUGCCGUGCUCGAGUUCCUGCAGGCACGAGACCGCGAACACGGCCAUGUCGAUGACUUCACGAUGCUGAGUCGCAACCUGGCCAGGAAGUGCUGGUCUGCACUGGACUUUAAUGGGAUUCCGGAAUCUUAA